GGCCUGGCAUCUCCUAUUCGUUUGCUCGCUACUCAGCACUUUCAAAGAUGCUCGCUCGUGUUGUACCCCGUUCGAUUGUUCUCGCUCGCGGCGCCAGGACAUACACCUCCAGCGCGAGGGAGGGCAGCGUUGCGACAAGUAAAGAGUUUGGAAAGAAAGAGAAGGCUCAUGAAGAUCAAUACGCCCGCAAACAUGAGCGGGAACAACUUGAGAAGUUGAAGAAAGAGAUUGACAGGAAGAAGGCUGAACUGGCCGAUCUCCAGAAGCAGCAUGAUGAUGUCUCCAAGUCCGCAUAAGCUGGCAGGGUCGAUCUCACUGUUCCCGAGUUAAUGAAUCAACUCGCUAUCAACUGUAGCUACAUCUAUCAAUGAAUGAAGCAUUUGUCGCGGAUACGUGC